UCUAACUAACCCAUGAGUAUAUAUGUAUUGGGAUGGAAAGAGGAUGGAAGCCUAACACCGAGUUAUCGCCGGCGUGCCCUCGCUGCGGCUCCUCCAACACCAAAUUCUGCUACUACAACAACUACAGCUUAACCCAGCCGCGCUACUUCUGCAAGGGCUGCCGCCGCUACUGGACAAAAGGCGGCUCUCUCCGCAACGUCCCAGUCGGCGGCGGCUGCCGGAAGACCAGGAGAGGGAAAUCCACACGCGCCGCGCCGCAACCUAAUAGUAACCGAUCAACCAACACCAUCUCCCCCAGCGGCGGAAGCGGAGCUUCCACCAGCAUUGAUCUCGCGGCGGUCUACGCGAAUUUCGUCAAUCAGCCGCCGGAGAAUCACUACGCGGACGCGCUCCUCCCUCUGAAUCAAAUCAGCUCGCAUUUGCCUGAGCAGGAGAUUGGAUCGUUUCCGAUUAGGUUUUCGGAGACGCAAUUAUUAGGGCACGGAAUUGGCAAUUGGGAAUCACUCGACGCGGCGUUUCCGAAGCAGCAGUUUGGUGCGGCGGGGGGAAGUGGUUUGGGAGGUGCGAGCGAUUAUCAUGUGUUGCCUCCGUUGCCCGGGGAGGAGGCGGUGGCGGCAGCGGUGUGGCCGAGUUCGGAAAUGAUGCUGCACAACCAAAUGUUGCCUUCGGCGCUAUAUGAAGCUGAAGCGAGUCAUCAGAAUUCGGAGCUGUUGAGCCCUUUUGGUAGUGCUUUGCAUCUUGAAGCUAUUUUCAGGUCUUGAUUUUGUGCUUAAAUUGUAGUAUUUUGAUAAUGUUCUAUAUAAUGUAUAGGCCGAUAUUGAAUGUGUUUAUUAAA